UGCUUAGCCUUGCACAAUGCCCCAACAUAACUAGCUACACAAAGCACAAAAAUUUAUAAUAAAAUUAAAAAUUCCAUUCCUGAAAUUUAUAUAAGUUAAUCUUUUUAAUAAUUGUGCAGCUAUGGCCGAAGAGAAGCACCACCACCACCUCUUCCACCACCGCAAGGACGAGGAGGAAGAGAAGCAAGUGGAGGCCGUGACCUACUCCGAAACCACCUACACAAAUACUGGUGCUAAUUAUGGUGGUCAACCUGAGGAUAAAUAUGAUAAUUACGGAAAAUACGAAAAAACUGAGGCUUUUGGAAGUUACGGUGGUGAAAGUAGAAAGGAUGAGUACGAAAAAUAUGAGAAAGAAGAGAAGCAUCACAAGCAUAAGGAGCAUGUUGGUGAGAUGGGUGCUUUAGCCGCUGGUGCUUUUGCCUUGUAUGAGAAGCACGAGGCGAAGAAGGACCCGGAGAACAAGCACCGGCACAAGAUAGAGGAAGAGGUGGCGGCUGCCGUGGCUGUAGGGUCCGGCGGUUACGCGUUCCACGAGCAUCAUGAAAAGAAGGAAGCUAAGGAAGAUGGAGAGAGGGCUGAGGGGAAAAAACACCAUCACCUUUUUUAAUUAAAAAAAUAUAUAUAAUAAUAAAAAUAAAGCAUGGUCUAUAUAUAUAUGCAUGUAUAUUAAUUGUACCGUGUUAUUAUGUUAGAAUAUGGUACACAUCUACGUGUAAAAUAUUGUGUGUGUGGGUGAUGAUGUACUCCUUGAAUAAUUUAUGUAUGUGGUAUGAUGUGAGCAUAAAAAUUAUAUGUGUGGAAUAUGCGAAUCACCCCAUAAGUGCCUACACGAGUGAAGAUAUGAUUGAUGUAUAUCUUGUGGUGCGGCUCGUAUGUGGUGAUUGGUGAAGUUGAUAUUUUUAAAUAUUUUGUGGUUUGUCAUUUGAUAUUUCUUGAGUUUCCUUAUGUUCUUAAUUAACUAGUUGGUUUUGUGUGGUUAAUUUUCAACGUUUAGGUGUAUAUUAAUUGCUUUACUUGUAUUUACGUCUAUAUAUCACGUGCGUGUGUGCGAUGCUAAUAUGUUAUGUGAUCACCAUACUUUAUUAUGAAUUUAUUAAGUGUGUAUUGAAAAAAUAAUUAGAAUGAGAAAAUCAAAUGUUGAAA